AUGGACCCCUUGACGAUAAAAUACAUCUUACCAUACUCGCUAAAUUUUAAUCCACAUCAGUCGGUAGCCCCCUAUCCCAUUCCUAAGGAGAUACCCGACCCUUUUACUACGGCUUUCACAUUCAACGCGUUCCGUGAAUUUUGGAGCCAAGAAAGACUUGCGUACCAAUGGGCAGAGUGUUCGGAAAAGAACUCUCGAUUCAUUCUUGCCCACAAAGAGAAUCUGGAUAAACCACUUCCUACGCACAGUAAGGCAUAUCCUGGCCGCGGUCGUCCACGUGAAUUCGAUUGGACAAUCAAGGUCGCUCUUCCUCUGAGCCCUAACGAGCGCAACUGGAUGAAGCCAAUGGUCUCCAGCAGCCAUGACUGGAAAUAUAUCAAGAAUGAAUUGAGGCCAAGUGAAGAAGCUCUUCAGGUUGAGGCAGAGACGAAAAGUGUCCCUCCAAGCUUCCUUAUCACUUACAACGAUGCACGCGCAACGAUUUAUCGUAAACAGAUAAAGGAAUUUACAAGAGGUGAUAGCAUUGUUACCAGUGUUGAGGGAUGGAUGAAGGAAAUUCAAGCAAACGGGGGUAAAGGAUGGUUUGCUAAUGAAAUUGGUGUCAACGACCCACAAAGCUAUUUGAUUGCCUGGUGUACGAAGUUCCAAUUGGAGGUAAGGAUUGCUCAGAUCCGAUAUGAUCCAACUGGCGUUAACGUUACUUACCGUCCUCGUUUCUGUCUUCAACAGGUCGCAAAGGACAAUAGCUUGAUAGCCUGCAUGGACUCUACACGGAGAGUCGCUAUGUCUCUGAGAGAAGAUAAGGAUAAAAAGAGCAAUAAGGGAAAGGGCAAAAAGGUAGGCUCGUUCCCAUCCCUCUUCACUUUAUAA